AUGAAACAAAAACAGAAGAAAUCAUCAAGUUAUGGCUCUCCUCCUCUUCUUCUGUUGUUGGUUCAUCGCCGUCGCCGCCGCCGUUACUUUCAACGUCACACCCUCUCCUUCGACGAAGGAUACAGCCCUCUCUUCGGCGACGGCAAUCUCGUCCGCUCCCCCGACGGCCACACCGUCCGCCUCCUCCUCGACGUUUACACCGGGUCGGGUUUCAUUUCGUCGAAUAUGUAUAGCCAUGGAUUUUUCAGCGCCAAAAUCAAAUUGCCGUCGGACUAUACCGCCGGAAUAGUCGUUGCCUUCUAUACGUCAAACGGUGACGUGUUCGAGAAAAGCCACGACGAAUUGGACAUCGAGUUUUUAGGAAAUAUUGAAGGGAAACCGUGGAGAUUCCAGACAAAUAUGUAUGGGAAUGGGAGCACGAACCGAGGGCGAGAGGAACGCUAUGGCCUUUGGUUUGAUCCAUCGAAAGAAUUCCAUAGAUACAGCAUUCUUUGGACAGCCAAUAACAUCAUUUUUUAUGUAGAUGAAGUUCCGAUUAGGGAAGUGGUGCGUAAUGAUAAAAUGGGUGGAGAUUACCCAUCAAAGCCGAUGUCUUUAUAUGCCACUAUUUGGGAUGCCUCUAGCUGGGCCACCAACGGAGGUAAAAAUAAAGUUAAUUAUGAGUAUGCCCCAUUCACCUCCGAGUUCAAAGACCUCGUCCUCGAAGGUUGCCCCACCGGACCUAUCCAAAAGUUCCCCACCUGCACAGGGACGGAUGCAUGGCUCGAAAGCCGUGACUACGCCGUCAUGACACCGAGAAGCAGAUCCGCUAUGCGAAGAUUCAGACAGCGUUACAUGUAUUACUCGUAUUGUUAUGACACGGUUCGUUACCCCGUAACACCUCCUGAAUGCGAAAUCGAUCCGAUCGAAAAACAAAGGUUCCGAGACUCGGGAAGGUUGAGAUUCGGCGGAAGUCAUAGGAAGCAGAUGAGGAAUGCUCAUCGGAAGAGAAGGUCACGGCCUACUUCCAAUGUCUCCGCCGAACAAAACGAUAUGUGAAAUUACUAUAUAGUUUGUAAAUUAAAA